AUGACUCCAAUUUUCGAUAUUCCCAUUCAAUUGGAUCCGGCAACUCGGUCCUCCAAACGUCAAUAUUCCGCAUCAGAUCAUACCCUCGACGCCGACGACAUCCCGACGCCCAACCCGCCCAACCCGCCGAACCGAUCAAUUGGACUCACCUGGGGCUGCCGAUGCAGCCGGCAUGCCGUGGGAAUGCAGGCACUAUGGUCCAGAGCGGGCCAGGCGCACCACUGCGGGUGCAAGGCCUGCUUCAAGGCCGCCGGGGGCAUGAUACGGCAGUCAGCGACGCGGGUGACGCCUCGUAAACCGACCUUCAGCGAGAUCUUCACAGCCUGUUACACGGGCAUCAUGGCUUCCGCCGCCGUGAUUGACGCGAACGUCAAGGACAGACGACGACUGGCGCUGGAACAGGAGCUCGAGCAGGCGAAAUUGGAGCUCGAGAUGUUAAGGAAGAAGCACCCGCCACGAAAACUCGACGUCGACGAGCCACCCCCGGCCAGCACGGAGAACCGAUACAAGGGCGCGCUGUGGGAUCACGUGGCGCAGAGCAGCGAGAUUGCAAAAUAUCUGGACUCUCUUCGCGAUGUGCACGGCAAGGCAAAACCGCUCCGCAGGUCCGUCCAGGUGAGGGCCUGGUUGGACGAGUGCGGCUUCGGCGUGUCGAAAGAGGAUCUGGAGAAGCUGGAAGACUUUGACUAUGCGGCAUUGGACGCGCGCUUACUGGAGGAGGAGAUGAGGCCAUAUCCCCGCCAGAUUCAUCGCUUGCCGAAAACCCUCGCUCAGUUGGAAGCGGCGGAAAACAAUACCGUACUCAUGGUCAACAAUCUUCUCACGCACUCUCAACGAAUAUGGCGGGAACCCCUUUGGCGACCUAUCCGCGACAUGGUGACCGACCUUCGUCGACAGAAUCUGCCCAGGUUCGAACGGCGUACUGAUGUGGAAGGAAUGUUGGAGAACAGCAAAAGGCUGAACGCUUCCCUGCGCGCCAUUUUCGCGAACGAUACUUAUAAUCGGCGCGAAAAGGUCAUGAAGGUCAUCCACAACCUUCUCGUAUCGCCAGCGCCAACAACAAUUCAUACCUAUAACCUGCUUAUACUCGCCCUCGACCGCCUUGGGCUCUUCGUCUUAUCGCAAGGUGUGGUGGGCCCUCUACUUUAUGGCAGACGUGAGCCAACGAGGAGUACUUUGCUCUGCCUACUCAAUCACUUCAAAGAAGAUGGCAACGACAAGCAAUUCUUUGAGCUGAUUCAGCGUUUCACGGGGAAAGACCCCCGCGGCAUCGUCGGUCGGAGGAAAGACUUCGAUGAUUUGGAAGAGAGAGACUCGCUCUUCAUGUGGGCAGUAUUGAAGAACGUCGCCGUCAGCGAUAACUGCGUUACCGAGAGAGCUUGGCUUGAUCUUGAUAUCUUUACGGCCAUCAUUCAGGGCCUACUGAAAUUCGGCUGGGUGAGGCACGCCACCGCGGUCUUCGCUGUCGGCCUAAAGCAUGGCAUCGACUUCAGCAUGCAUACAAUAUCGCAACUGAUUAUGCACAUUACACACACCCUGGAUGCGACUGCUGCGCGUCAGAUGUUACUCGCUAUCAAGAUGAAGCCCGGGGUUCUCCAGGCCAAGGCCAAGACCAAGCAGGCGGAGAACCGGAAACACCUCGCGAGAAGCAUUCAAAUCCUCAUUGGCAUCUGCCAUCACCCAGAGAAUCUCGACUCUGUGGCUCCAUGGUUACACGUCCCAACAUCGGCGCUGCUAUCGAAGGAGCAGCAUCUGGGCAUUCACAUGACCAGCCUACUACACGAGAUUUCGAAAUCGGCCGCAAAAAUGAAGAAGCUCAAGACAGAAUUCAAGGAAAUUCAUGACGUUUUAAAGGUCCGUCAAAGGAGAGCACGAAGAAACGAAACACGAACGGCAAAGUUCGAAAUAGAACCGGAAAGCAUAAGGGAAACACAACAGGCACCAGCAGCGCAAGAGGAACAGGCCCACCAAUUGCAACCCAAGCCGUACCUGACAUCAGCUCAGUUCAAAGAGGCUUUGAUGCAGGAUGCUGCGGAGGAGACUGCGCGGCCGAAGACGCCUGAACACACGUGGCUCCAAACCUCUCCAAAUCUCAAUCGCACACAGUACCGCUUCAUGGCGCGGCUGCGCUCGAAGAGGUUGGCAGUGGCCGAGGCUGCAUUGUAUGAAAUGGACUCGCAGCGGCAGUUGGGACCAUCUGCAGAGAUAACAUCGUGUUAG